UCGUCCAUCCACGUCCUUCUCUGAAGAGAGUAUGCGCUUAGUUUAUGAGGAUUUUGGUGGGAAAUUUCUUUAAGCAUUUGUGCGGCACUUAGACAGCAACAAUUAUCUUGAGGUGCUAAAAGACCAACAAACAACGUAUUGAAAGAGAGUGAAGGUUGGCAGAUGCUGAGGCAGCAGCACAUGGAGGGGAGAGUUGGAGGGCGGUGCAAGAUCAGAAAGCGGGGGUGCUCUUCUUCAUCGUCGUCUUCUUUGGCACACAAGUACAGGUUUAAGCGCGCAAUUCUGGUGGGCAAGAGAGGCGGCUCGAGCACCCCGGUGCCGACGUGGAAGGUGAACUCGAGAUCGCCUUCUUCGGCGCUGAAAGCGGCUGAGAGCGCUGCAAAAGGGAAAGAGGCGUCGGUGUCUGCGCGGAAACUGGCAGCUACACUGUGGGAAAUCAAUGACGUGAAGGAAAUGAGGAAUCAGAAAGAGUCAAGGAGUAAGGAGAGGGUUGCGAGGUCAGCACAGUUGUUGCCGCCCCAUUUGUUGGAUCCAUCUCACAGUCCGUUUUCGGAGAGAAUGGAUCGAUCUAGGGGUGGCAGCCACCGGAGGAGAAGGUCGGCGGUUUCUCAGAAGCUUCAGACGACUGAGUGUAAUUUGGGAGGGUUGGACUCUCUCAGCACUGCCAGUUUCAUGGAGGAUCCAAUGCAGACUGAAACUCAAUCUAGAGGGAGGACUCAUUCUGGAUGCAUAGUUGGAGUUAAGACUCGGUUGAAGGAUGUUAGUAAUGGUCUGGCCACAUCUAAAGAGCUUCUCAAAGUUCUGAACCGUAUUUGGGGUCUGGAAGAGAAGAAUUCAUCAAGCAUACCGGUUGUCUCUGCCCUACGUCUUGAGCUGGAUCGAGCCCGAACCCAGGUUGAUCAAUUGAUCCGGGAACAGAGGUCUAAUCGUGAUGAAAUUAAUUACCUCAUGAAGCAUUUUGCAGAAGAAAAGGCAGCUUGGAAAAGCAAGGAGCGAGCUAGGAUUCGUGAGGCCAUUGCAUCCAUAGCUGGAGAGCUUGAUGUAGAGAAGAAGCUGAGGAGACAAACAGAGAGAUUGAACAAGAAGCUCGGUGAAGAACUGGGACACAUUAAGGCAUCUCUGUCCAAGGCAUUAAAAGAACUCAAGAGUGAAAAGAGGGCAAGAGAGAUAUUAGAACAAAUGUGUGAUGAGCUUGCCCAAGGUAUUGGAGAAGACAGAGCUGAGGUGGAAGAACUGAAGAGAGAAUCUGCAAAAGUUCGCGAGGAGGUUGAGAAGGAGAGGGAAAUGCUUCAGCUGGCUGAUGUGUUGCGUGAGGAGAGGGUCCAGAUGAAGCUUUCAGAGGCUAAAUAUCAGUUUGAAGAGAAGAAUGCAGCUGUGGACAAGCUGAGACAUGAGCUCGAGGCCUACCUGAGAAGCAAAAGUGGCAAUGAUAAAAACAAUGGUUCCCCAAAUCCCAAUGGAAGUGAAGAGUUGGAAGAUUAUCUCCGGAAAGCACUGAUGGACUUAUGUCAGGACCGGGAGAAAGAAGAGGAUGACGGGGAAGUGGAAAAUGCAGAAGAGUGCGAAGCAGAUGACUCAGCAGAAAGUGAUCUCCAUUCCAUUGAAUUAAACAUGGACAACAGCAGCAAGAGCUACAUGUGGAGUUAUGCUUGCGGGACUGAGGCUCAGGAUGACUCCAACAGGGUUUCGGUUGAUAGAGAAAUCAGAGGUCGAAAGCCUACAUCUGGGAAAAUACAAUGGGGAAACAUAUCAUUAGAAAGAGUGACUUCCAAUGGUAUGGAAUGGGACUUUGACAAUAUAAGUCAAGAGAAUUCAUAUGCUUUUGACAAGGGAAGAACACCUGAGCAUGAUUCAGAAGCCCGGAGAAAAGAUUAUGAAGAUGAAAUCAAAAGAUAUAAAUCAGUGAAAGGCCUCAGAGACCACAUAUUGUCCGGUUCCAAAGUGUCAUCCAUCCAAGGCUUCGCCAGCCCAACUCGAAAAUGGGAGCAAGCCUCGCCUUUGCAGGACUGUAGCAGUGUGGUUCUGGAAAGUUUAGCAGUGGUGCAGGGGAGUGGUUCAAGGGUGGUGAGGGUGGCAGGAACCAGGGGUGAGCGGCAGGCCCUAGCACAUUCAAAACAAUAAAAAGGUUUUCGUGCCCAUGUCUUUCUUUUCCUUGAUAUUAACUUCACUUGUCUCCUAAGAGACAUACCAGUCUAUCCAACUGCUGCUGUAUCUGAGUGAAUCAAGUGCCUUAAAUGUAGAAAUCCAAGGCUAUGUCUAUGUGCAUAUAAUUUUGUACAUUUCUCUUUGAAUCAAGUGCCUUAAAUUUCCCUGUACAAAAA